GUAGUGCCUGGGGUUUAAAUUGAGUUGCAUGAACUCCCUCUCAUAGUUAUCAUAGCUGGCCUCUCACCUGUACUCAUUUCUCUCUUGCUUGCUUUCUGUCUGUCCUCCCCCCAUUUCUUAUCUAUGAGAGUUUCAGCUCUGGCUGGAUUUUGAGGAUAUCCUGGAUGCUACCAUUCAAGGAGUAAAUAGCUUUUAACGUGCCUGGUCUCCACCUGAUUCACUCACUGGUGGCGCCGCCGAUCUCUUGGAUCCUCAGGGUUGGGAAUUGAGUGCUGAGGACUUGUGCUCAGCAGGUUUUUUACAAGAACACAAAAACAACAACCAACCAAGUAGUCACCAUGCUGCGAGAAGGUGUAUCAAACAUUUUAAAAUUCUACAAUUAUGUACAAGCAAGAACAGAUGCCAGAAUCAGAGACUACCCUCUGAUGCAUAAUCCUAUAGAGAUGUCCAUCAUCCUGGUGGCCUAUAUCUUCUUCUCGGUGUACGCUGGGCCUCGUCUGAUGGCAAACCGCAAACCUUUCAGUUUAAAAAUCCCCAUGAUUGUCUACAACCUUAGCAUGGUUUUACUGAACGCCUACAUAGUUUUGGAAUUCAUGCUGUCCGGAUGGGCCACCACCUAUACAUGGAGAUGUGACCUAAUUGACACCUCCAUGAGCCCUCAGGCUCUCAGGAUGAUUCGAGUUGCUUGGUUGUUUUAUUUUUCAAAAUACAUUGAACUCCUUGACACGGCAUUCUUUGUGCUGAGGAAGAAACAAAACCAGAUCACGUUUCUCCAUGUGUUCCAUCACUCCUUCAUGCCCUGGACGUGGUGGUGGGGCAUCACCCUGACUCCUGUUGGAGGAAUGGCCGCCUUCCAUGCGUUGGUGAACGCAGUAGUCCAUGUUAUCAUGUACUUCUACUACGGACUCUCUGCUGCAGGGCCUCGCUUCCAGAAAUACCUGUGGUGGAAGAAGUACAUGACAGCCAUCCAGCUUACGCAGUUCAUCCUGGUCUCCAUUCACAUCAGCCAGUACUACUUCAUGGAGAAAUGUGACUUCCAGGUCCCCAUGUGGAUCCACUUGGUCUGGAUAUACGGUGUCUUCUUCUUCCUUCUCUUCUCCAACUUUUGGGUGCAGGCCUACAUAAAGGGCAAACGGCUUCCUGCCGCAAACGACAAGUCAAAACUGAAUGGCUCAACCAGUGAACCCAUCACAGUCGUGGCCAAUGGCAAACACAAGGAGAAUGGGAAUGUGCCCCACUACACCAAUGGCAAAAUCUUCAUGGGAAAAGUAAAGGAAAUCUAACUGAGUGACUGGAAAUGAUCGGGAGGAACUCAAGGCGCCUCUGAAGGGCCACCGUGGAAUGUGUCUUUCAUCAUUCAUUUAGUAGCAUAUUGGAAUGGCACAGAUUCCAACAUGCUACUUCUAAACUUCUUAAUUAUUGUAUGAGUCUGGUCUUUUUUGAAAAUAUAUGCACACUUCUUGGGAUAUGAACGCCAUGUUGUUUUUUGCUGGUGAUCUCUACAUGUGACACUGAUGGUUGUUGUGAGAACUAUUGACUGUGACACACACUGUGUGAAGAUUGGUGCUCAUUUUGUCACUGAUAGUAUUUUCUUCAACUCAAGCUUGAGCCACACAAACUUGACCUACACUGCUGUUGGGCUGACAUGACCCUAGUUGUUUGAAAGUAUUGCACAGUUUCCACUGAAGACUAGCAUGUGUAAAUAAUGCGACAAGUUUAUGCCAAAGCAAGUUUUUAAUUGUAAAUGGCAAACAUUCCUUUUUUCUGUUCAUAUUUAUCACUUGAAAUAAAACAAAUUUUAGAUAAAUGUCUGUGUCAUUUAAAAGGCAGCUGUGGUUUGCACUUUGAGAAAUGUACCACACCUGGAUUUUAAGAAUGGUGGGAAAAAUAUUAAACUGUAUAUUACAGUAUUGAUUUGAUGCAUUUUUUGCAUAAUACGGCAGUGGCAUACACUGCUGUGUUCAUCCAUGGCUUGAGUUUUGCAAAACUGUCCGGUCUUUUCUCUCAACACACUGAUGCUAAUACAUUAGAAUUAAAUAUAUAGAAUGCUACAGAUGGCCAUUUCUGAAUAUCACUGAAGUAUGCAUAUAUUGAUAAACAUACCAGUGUUUUCUAAAUUGUAUAUGUGCACAUGGCAGUGGAAGAUGAUCCAAUUCUGAAGUGCUGCUUGCUCUUUAAAAUUUGGUCUGACUUUUGCCACAAUUAUGUUGCAAUAUUAACCUGUUUUUCUGAUUUCAGUUUUACAAAAAAAUAAAAAUUGUUAUAGGUGAAAAAAUCAAUAAAGGAAAAAAUGUACAGGAACAAAUGCA